AUGUCGUUCUUUGGCCCACCGAAGGGUCACGGAGGGUUCCACAAUCCUCAAAACAAGAUGUUUGGAGUAGUCAAACCACAUUCGGCGGGUACUACUGGAGCAGCUGGCACUGCAUCAAAAAGUUCAAAAGUAGGAAAAUCUGAAACAACUCAACCUGAAACAAGUGAGGGACCUAGUGGCGAAGCUAAAGUUGAAGGGGAUGAUAAGGAAAAGGGUUCAGAAGAGGAAGUAAAACCAGAACCAGAACCAGAAACGGAAACUGAGAUAAACACUAGGCUAAAUGCGCUAUUAUAUCACACAAGUGACGAUACCAUUGAUCUCUAUAGACAGCAGAACAAUUCCUCUGAUUUGCUCGGAAGGUUAUACUAUGACGAUUAUGAUAGCGAUUCAGUCGCCAGUGAUGGAGGAAGUGCACAAAUAUCUCCUGUUAAUUCUGCACAAGGAAGCUUGGCAGAAUAUUUUACUGGUGCAAGGUUCAACACUGCAAGUAUCAGUGAGUUAAUCGCAGCAGGAGAUUCAGAAUCUCCUUCAUUAACUCCCGUGGUAUCGCCUGCAUUUUUAUCGCCACACGCUGCACCAGCACCAGGAACCCCAAAUCAUGCGUUGAAGCUGAAUUCUGGCGAAUCGACACCCUCGUUUGGUAUUGGAUCUCGAUCUCCAUCUGCAUCCCGUAUACGCCCAGCAGUGCAGCGACUUGCUUCAUUUGAACGAGGAGUUUCCUUUGAUAGUCUGAAUGACGAUCACCGUAGAUCUCUCACGUUCAAGGUGAAACACCCACACUUUAAAUUCCGUAGAAACAAUAAGACCUAUUUAACAGGAUAUAAUGGAGACCUAGAAUCCAUUAAAUCAAUUGAAUGGCUCUUCGAUGAGAUGGUGGUAAAUGGUGACACUAUAAUUGUGCUACAGGUAUUGGAUGAAAAGUCCUAUACGUCCAUAGACAAACGUAGAGCCAAUGAAUCUCUUAGGAGGAUCGAGCUUCUCAAUAAACAUGUCAAAAAGGUGUCAUUGGUAUUUGAGGUGGUGGUGGGUAAACCUUUAAAGUUACUUCAAUCCGCUAUUGAUGAGUAUAAUCCUCAAAUGAUGUCCAUUGGUACGCAUAAUUAUGAAGAUAAAGAGGGGAAGUUGCAUGAACAUCACUCGCAUAAGUCCUUUUUGUCCAAAUCAUCAAUGUCCAAACACUUUUUAGAAUGUGCACUUGUGCCAGUUAUCGUGGUUAAACCAUUCUAUGAGCACGUAGAAUUGUUGAGAAAGCCAGUUGAUUCUGAAAACUAUUUUGCCAACUGGAUUGCAGAAAGUGAUAUCGCCUGGACGUAUUCCAAGGAUAAGAAUGCCAGAAAGAAGAGAGUUACCAGUCCUUUGACUUCAAAGAAUAAUAGCUCUACGAAUUUGGCUGCUAUUGAGAGCAGGGGCAGAAGAUCUAAUAACUCGCAUUCCAAUUUGCCCUUUCUUGCUCAAGCAGAAAAGACUAGCGAUGGCUUGCGGGCCGUUAAGUCGCAUGUACCCGACAGUAGAGGUAGGGUUGCAGAGGAUCACGAGAAUCCUCUACUUUCGGCGGUAAGGUCAUCCGAAUCAAGAUCUAGAAGUACUUCUCGAAGUAGAACUGGACUUCGUAAGUUGUUCGGCCAUCAUCAUUAA